AUGCGGACAACGUUUGGAGAGAUGGUCCUUGAGGUGGCGAAUGACAGAAGAAACGUGAACGACAUCAACACAGUUGUCAACACUGCGCCUCGGAAAGCGGGAAGCCAUGUUUCAGUCACUUCUCCCCAGGCCGAGCCUCCUCCUCAGGCGCUUCGUUUUCGCAUGGCAGAGGCGAGCGCGAAGCGAGUGACUGGUGAUGAACCGCAAGGGACCAUGGGAAGGGUACUGACGGCGGGCGAAGCAAGGGCGAAGCGCCGUCUCGCCCAUUAGGGACCUUAAGCAAAGACGUUUUUGAGCGACGCACGUCAACCGGAAGUGAGGCCUUCUCCCUUUUUAUAUGCCUUGACGCUAACAAACUUGUAUUGCUGAGUAUCUUUUCUCUUUUAAAGACGAUUUACCCGAGAGUUUCAACGAAACCACUCCCCAAUGAUGCAAAAAGUCCACUUCCGGUUGACGUCCGUCGCUCAAAAAAAACGCUGUUGCUUAAGCUCCCUAUUGUCUCCUUCCCGCCUUCCUUUGCGCGAACAUUUUCAUCAAAAGAGAGACGUCUGGGUACGAGGCAGCCCCAGGCCACUUCAAUGGUGGAGGGCGCUGAGCUUGCUAGCCUACGAGCAAGCUUUAGCUUUCUCCCGGGGCGCUCUGGCGGCCGGGCAAAAAAAGGAGACUCCUUCUAACUCCUAACUCCUUCCCCUCUUCCCUCCCCAACCCCAGUACCCCUGAGCACCCCAGGAGAGCUUGCUCGCAGGAACGCUCGCAGGCUACUGGUCUCCUUCAGUACGGUUUCUUCCGUUGUCACGCAACGCUCCUCUCGACUCCUCCUUUGUGGGGAGGAGCAUUGCGUGACGACACAAAGGAAGGCUGUGUAGCAGACUAUGGUUUCUCCCGGCCGGACGUAGCGUCCGGCUGGGGUAGCCUGUUCCAGGCGGCGAGAUACUCUUCCGGGGAAUUGAGAACACGAAAAUAA